AAGACUAAACAUAAAUUCCUAAAGGGAGCGGUGUUUCAUCGAUUGUGUGGGUCGGUCUUGCAGUAGCCACUUUCCCUCAAAGAUGGCUGGUGUUCGAGUUGUGGGUGUACUCUCCAGAUUUAUAACAAGGAGAUACAACUUUCCUUCAGGUCUCUGUCUACGCAAUUUCACCGUGGCUUCUUCUGCAAUGGCUCGAACACAUGUCAACUACGAGAUCAGAGAGGAUGUAGCAGUGGUCCGCAUCAAUGACCCAAAUUCCAAGGUAAACACACUGUCACAGAAGAUGCAGGAAGAGAUGACGGAUGUGAUGAAUGAGAUCUGGGGGAACGCCAACGUGACGAGUGCCGUCCUCAUCUCCUCCAAACCUGGCUGUUUCAUCGCAGGAGCAGACAUCAACAUGAUCCAGGCUUGCAAGAGUGCAGAGGAGGUCACCGGUCUCUCUCAGGAGGGCCAGAAGAUGUUUGAGAAGGUGGAGAAGUCACCCAUCCCAUUGUGGCUGCCAUCAAUGGCUCCUGCUUGGGAGGAGGGCUUGAG